AUGGAUGCAGCAAGUAAUGUUAUCGUACAGAUGAAUGCGCUCGACGUGAUCAAAACCUAUCGCGUACCAGAAUUACAAGCGCUACUCGAAUACGCACGUCUUUCUCGGCAAGGAAAUAAGAGUGAAUUGUUUCAACGUUGCAAACUUCUCAUAUCUUCGAACUUAACGCCACAACUACUCAAUAAAAUCAAUCAAAUUAAUCUCGCACGGAUCAGUUCCUCACGACCAUCACAUUCUCCACAAGCACCACCACGGAAUUUCUCUACUCAACAAUCCGUUGUUUUAACACCAACAUCAUCGAUUGAUAAUCUACCACUACCACAACAAAUUCAAUAUGUGAAUCUACCUUUUUAUGAGAAAAUUCGAACGAUUGAAUGUAUAAAUAUGCCUGUUGAUAAGAAGACUUUUCUUCCAUUGCAUUUUACCUUAACCGAAUACGAUAUCAAUCUGAUUGUCAAAGGUGUCGGCAAAGUCUUCAUUCGAAUUGCUCCGACAAUUAUUCACGAUAAACAAUGCGAUGUUCUUCCGCCCUAUGUAUUCAUUCAAUGUAAUGGUCAAACAAUUAUCAAUAACAAUGUUGCUAAAACAGUUGGCGCACAAGCGCAUUCGAUCGCCUUUCCAACUGAUAUGACCGACAAAAUCAUACCGAAAUCGAACAUGCAUAAUAAUCUAAAUUACUUUUGGCUUCAAACACCAAACAAUAUGUCGUUUAAGAACCUACCGAAGUCUUACACCUUGCAAAUACAUCUUGUUCGUUGUAUUUCCUUAGAAAAUCUAUGUGAGAACAUUCUGCAACGUGAGUUACAAUAUCCACGACGCGAACAGCAUCAAGAUAAUGACAUCGAAAUUGAAGAUGUCGGUUUAAUGGCCACGCGACAUCGCGUUUCAUUAAUUUGUCCGAUAACGCAAGCAUUGAUUGUUAUACCAACAAAAUCAUGUUUUUGUUCACAUCUAACGUGCUUUGAUUUACGUGCAUUUCUUCAAAUGAAUCAACGGCGCGUACAGUGGACGUGCCCAUUAUGUAAAAAACCGGCGUCUUAUGAAACAUUGCUUGUUGAUAAGCGUUUAAAAGCCAUUCUGGCCAACGUUCCAGCCAAUUGUUCGACAGUGGACAUCGACACAUCAACAAAGGAUUUAUCCGAGUGUCAAUACAUACUAGAUCAUGUGAAACAGGAAAGAACAGAUCAGCGUAAUAGUACGACAUCGUCAUAUAAUUGCGAUGAUGAUGAUGACGUUGAAAAAGAACAAGAAGAAUCUGUACAGAAUCUAUCGAACAAAGAAAGCGACUGUGUUAUUCUAUCAUCCAGCAGUGAAAGUGAAGACAACGAUGAGAUAGAAGAUAGUAAUUCUCCGGUUCCUACGACUUCGCUUUCAACUGCUUCUAUUAGUCAAGUCAAUGGAAAAGAUUUCCAACUAAUCAGUACUACUGCUCAAUCGUCUUCGGUAACCAAUCUUGAUGAUGAAAAUUACUGGCAAGAAGUGGCAAAUUUUGCCAAUAAUUUAAUAGCAGCUAAAACCUCCUGUCCGGAAAAAUCGAUCGGCGACGUCGUAAAAGAUCGAAAUGUUCGUCAACAAAUCGAUCUCAAACCAAUGAAAUUGAACUCAUCAUUCUUUCAUCCAGUGAUAAUAUAUUGUCGUCACGAUUCUUUGACAAGUAAUCAAAUGUCUACAUCGCAAGUUCAAGCCACUAUCGAUGUGAAAUCUGAACAGUUUCAUCAAACAUUGGAAGAGGCUAUUGUUGAUUCAUCGUCGUUGCUUUACGACGGGUUAAUCUCCGCUAAUGAGCGGUUAAAAUCGAAUAUUUCCAAGAUCUUAACAGAGUUUGUGAAUAAAGCUCGAUUUGAACAGGGCGCAGACGUCGAGAAGAAAAAACGUAAAUUAGAAAAUGACGACGAUGACGAGAAUGUAGAUGAACCAGAAGAUGAAGACGAAGAUGCUGCAUCAUCAGACGAUAAUGAAGAAGAAGAAGAACAAGAAUAG